CAUUAAAUGAACUUAAUUUAAAAUAGCCAAACUCGAUCACAUAGAUCGCUACAUGAUUUCCGUCGAAAGUUAUCAUAAGCAUGUCUGUAUCAUCAGACUAUAAAUUGGCGAAAAUUAAAAUCAUUUGGAGUAACCAAAGGUAUUUACUGAAAGAAUUCGUGGAGACUUUCAAUCUCCCCCAAGUAGUCUUAGUGAAGGAUGGCUACUGUGGCGAAGAUGAAAGAACGACGUUUGGCAGAGAUCAAAUUUUGACACUACAUCAACUUCGGGAAACUAAUAAAACUGUUUGUCAAACAGCAAAAGGAAAAUUUAUACUUUUGCCGUCAAAAUGUGAAGUCAAAGCACAAGUGUUACCAAUGAAUUUCAAGAAUGUAUACAUAUCUGCAAAGCAGUUAAUUGAAACAUAUAAAAAGAUAAAAUAUGUAAGGGUGUUGGAUGUUGGUAAAAAUUGGUGCAAUGAUCCGAAAAAUUUAUUGCAAGGAAACGAUACACUUGAAAUUAAAAAAAUCGAGCCGAAUGGAACAGGAUUCCAUUGUAAAAAUUUAUCUGCAAGUCACGACUCGUACGUACCGUCAUUCCACGUAGCAAAGUUUGUCCCUUUGUCAGACCCAAAGUACUACACACUGGCGGAGAUUAAAGCAAAGUAUGGCUUCCCAGCUAAAAUAUGGUUCACAGAUGAAGGCAAUAAUGACGUAACUUUUUCCUCGCCCGAUUCAAGACAUUCCAAAACAAAUUUAUAUCAAUUGGAGCAACUGACAGUUGUUGGAGAAAUCCAAGAAAACGAUGUGAUUGUCACUACAGUAUGUUCAAGCCUGGAAGAAAAGAUUUGUCUGAACAUUCCGACAAAAGUCGACAUCAAAGUUACAGUUGCUGAAGGAUUUCUCAAAGGUAGCAAGACAUAUGCCACAGUUGUUAAAACUUUGGACAAAGAGCUAUACAAGACUGAUCUCAAUGCAUUUAAAGACCUGGACGUUUAUCAACAUGUUCAUGCCGUAAAGAAACAUAUGCAGGACAGUACAGUUAUAAUCAGGGAAGCAUCUUCGGAAGACAUCGAGCGUGCACGUCAGCAAUUGCAAAAACACGAAAAAAUAAAGACUGAUAAAGUACCAAAGCUUCAAUCUAGCACUUCAUCAAUGUCUUACGACACGACAAGUGUUGCGCAGAAGUCAAAACAAAAAAAAUCGAAAAAAUCUGAUGAUUUACCACAUAGUACGACAGGAAUUUACACAACAAGAAGUGAAAAGCUACCGAAUUUACAUAGUGCGGACAAGUAUACUUCCUUAAAUCCUCACUAUUAUUCAACAAUCAACGACGCUUAUGAAACUCUACAGCCAAAACAAGAAUCUUUAACAAAAAUAAGAGAAAUACAAAAACCAAAAUCUCUACAAGGAACAAACUCAGAAGAUGGAAAUUACGCUGUCUUUGAAAAAGAUUUCACAGAAGAUAAACAUUCAUAUGAAUAUAUUGAACACAAAAAACUGCACAAGACUGACAUUCCAUCAAAAGUACCAAGGAAACCAAAGAAUUUGGAGAUGUGGCAAAAACGAACAGAAACCGAUGGAUCACAAAACUAUCCAGGGAAGCCGACAAUGCCAAAAAAAUCAGAUGUCCGUCGCAAAGGAUAUGGCAACAAAUCAGAUAUUCAAAAAAUGCCUUUGCCACCGCUGCCAGUAAAGUUACCCACAAUUAUCCCACCAAAUCAAACGAAGGAAGAUGACAAAACAGUUGAAUACAAGACUGCGUUCUCCACAAACAUCUCCUCAACAAACAUCCCCUCUAAUACCCCAGACGAAAACGACAAAGAAGCAAUAUACGAGGCGAUAUCACGAUAUCCUCAAGAUCUGUCCAGUUUAAGUGUAGCAGACGUCAGUCGAUUACUGAAAUAUUUAGGAUUGAAAGAUUAUGUUGAAACAUUUGAAAAUGAGAUGAUCGAUGGAUCAAUGUUGAUGACUAUGGAUGCGAAGUCUUUGGAGUUUCUAAACGUAAAUAGUUUUUAUUGUAAUAAGUUGUUGCGUUUUAUUGGUGGCUGGCGUCCUUAUAUUGGUAAAUAAAAAACUCUUCAGUGUUGGGUAGUUAAGUUAGCGGUUGAAUAUUCAUGUUAAAUCUAAUUUUUCAUACGACUAUUUAAAUAGAAAAGAGUAUAUUUUGGACGUGUUUUAGACUGUUCGAGUAGUUUCCCAGUCCUCCAUGUUCGUAGAAAAACCAUGCUAACAGUAAAAAAAUCACGGUAAUUUUAUGUUCUGUUGAACAUUAGUACUUUAAGUUACAUAUUCGUGGAUGUAGAUCGUCCAGGUUAGAAGAGUCCUGAGAAGGCCUGUUGUUGUGACGUUUCGAAAACCUUAGCGGUAAUCAUCUUCAAAGUCAACACCAUUUACUUUGAAGUAAGUUUCGACGAAAACACAUUAUAACUGCAUAAUCAACUGACAUACAAAAGCCACCAUCAUAUUAUAUUUAUCAGAUCAUGUCAUAUAAACAAUAAAUUAAAAGUAAAUAAAUCAACAAAUAAAAUCAA